CCCAAUAAACAAUUUUCAAUAUGGAGGCUCGGGAAGUCAUACGUUUUCUCUCAUACAAAAUGACGGAGUUUCAGCUAUUUGACGAAAUAACGGUGAAUUUGCUGAUAGGGAGCGUAUUUUUACUUGUUGUAUUUACCCUCAUGAUUUACUUCAUUCGCAAAAUACGCAAAAAAGAGAAAGAACCCGUGGCUGUAUCACCAGUCCUUCCCAAGCCAAGAUUUCGUAAGAGAGAUAAAAUGAUUUUCUACGGAAAGAAAAUGCUGCGAAAGGUGAAGCAGUUGUCUGAAGCAAGAGAUGAAGGGUACAGACGCACCAUUAGGAAAAGGCAAAAAGUCAUGUUCAACUUUGCAAAACAGCUGGUCGGAUUCGAUGAGUCCGAGCCUGAGCGUCAGCUAAAAGAGCCCCCCGCGGCGUUUUUGGAGGCAGAUGCGGCGGAAGUGGAUUUCAGCGAGCCAAGACUUCCGCCGGAAGUCAUAUACAUGCUCAAAAGCGUCAGGGUGUUCGGCCACUUCGAGAAGCCGCUUUUCUUUGAGCUGGUCAAGUACAUCGAGACUAAGUUUGUACCCGCAAAUGCAUUGCUCUUCAGACAGGGUCAUGUUGAUGACUCGAUCUAUGUUGUUCAGAGCGGGAAAUUACGGGUCUCGCUUGUAGAAAAGGAUGGUACUGAGCUGCCGAUGAAGGAUGUUAGCCAGGGAGACAGUCUACACAGCGUGCUUAGUAUAUUGGACCUGCUAACGGGUCACCCAAUGCCAGUCCCGCAGAUUCGCGCCAGAGCACUUGUUGACACACACGUACUAAGGCUACCCGGUAAAGCUUUUCAGGAGGUGUUUGAGCAAAAUCCAGAAUCACUGGUUCGUGUUGUACAGAUCAUCAUUCUUCGCCUACAACAAGUCACAUUCACCGCGCUCCAUGGCUUCCUGGGACUCAGCUAUGAGCUCAUCAGCUCGAGCACUCCAUCAUCGCGACGUAUUCAACCUUCAGGCACGACCUCGAGAACGCGACCCGUCGACACCACAGAAAGCCCGCGCGGGGCCUUGAAAAAGCCGCAGACCUUAGAAACUGCGGGCGCGGACGCGAGUAAUGGCAGCAGUGCAGCUGCAAGUCCGGACAGUGGGCUGGCUAGUUUUUCCGCGGGCUCAGAUCCUAAAGUAUCAGCUCCCGGCAACUCAGACGACCAUUCACCAUCCAAACCCAUCCCCGUGGGGGGUAAGGUGCUCAGACGCAGUGUCAGCUUCACCGAACCCGACACCUCCCCCCAUCGUAAACAGCCUAUUGGCCGCUGCAACUCGCUUACGUACAUGUCGCGCUGGGCCGCCGCAUGCGACUCUACCCAGGACUCCGCGAACGCUGAAGGAUCAUAUCGAUCACCCAACGACUUUGACGCGGCCUGUGGCCGAGCGCGUGUCGUCACCCUCGGAGAGCCAUCGGGAGCGAGUCGCAGCGCAACGUUUGAAUGUGGUAGCGAUUCGGAGCCGAGUCCUACUUCGCUGGAUGCACGGUUUGACUUCGCCACCGGCGGACUAUCAAUGGAAGUGGAUGAGGAUGAUGAACUACUACAAACAGCGACGAGGGAGAUCGCCAAGAAACUAGAAAUACCGGUGGAGUCGCUCGAGAGCAGGGUGAAUAUCGCUGUUAUCCCAUCCGGGACAUUCCUAAUCCACCAAGGAGAUCAUGAUGUGAACCUCCAUUUUGUCUUGACGGGCGCACUAGAAGUGACUCAGAGAAGCAUGAGUGAGGCAAAGGAUAGGUAUGAUGAUGUCCUGUACACGGCUGUGCCAGGGGAGUUUCUUGGGGAGAUGGCGGUGAUCACGGGCGAGCCAUCCUUCUUCUCGGCCAAAGCCAUCAACCAGUGCCACGUGGCCAUCAUCACCAAGACGAUAUUCUACAGCAUUAUGCGUGAGAGACCGCGUGUCAUCUUGAAUGUUGCAUGCUCCCUGGUACAGCAUCUCUCACCCUUCCUGAGGCAGAUUGACUAUGCGCUCGACUGGAUGCACAUCGAGGCUGGCAGAGCUGUCUACAGGCAAGGCGAGCAGUCAAACUGCAUCUUCAUCGUGCUGAACGGCCGCUUAAGGUCCGUCGUCACGCUAGAGGAUGGCAAGAAGGAGCUGGUCAGCGAGGCGGGCAGAGGAGAGCUUAUCGGCCUGGUGGAAGUCUUGACCCAGUCACCCAGGGCAACAACAGUACACGCUAUCCGCGACACCGAGAUAGCUGUGAUUCCGGACGGACUGCUCAACACAAUCAAGCGCUACUUCCCCCAGGUCGUGUCACGUUUGAUACACUUACUCGGUGAACGCUUACUCGGCCAGUACAGGCGAGGCGUGGGACGUACAGAGACGCUACUAGAGAACCACCGCCCCGUGGAUAACCAGAUAUUCGGAGGGUCCAACCUGGGCACGGUGGCGGUCAUACCAGCCUCCACGAGCGUGCCGCUAUCUAACUUCAGCUUUGAGGUCAGCCUUGCUCUACAGGCCAUAGGUCCCACUCUUCUCUUGACUAGCAACUUCGUCCGCAACACACUUGGCAGUUCUGCUCUCGAUAGUAUCAAUGAGUAUCGCCUGGCGAGCUGGCUGGGCCAGCAAGAGGAUCUGCAUCGCAUGGUGCUAUACCAGGCAGAUACCUACAUGUCCGCCUGGACAAAACGGUGCAUCCGACAGGCGGACUGCAUCUUGAUCGUGGGCUCAGCUGACGAGGAUCCAGCUGUAGGUCAGCUCGAGCUGCAGUUGGAGGGCCUGCAGGUGCGUGCACAGAAGGAACUAAUUCUCCUCCACCGCACGGUAGACAGUAGUCACCGGAUAUCGGGAACCGUGCACUGGCUCAAUGCACGCGGCUGGAUCUCUGCACACCAUCACGUCCGUUGUCCAAAAAAGAUUUUCAGUAAGCGGUUCCUGGCGGACCGGUACGCCCGGAGUCCGGCCUCCUACAACCUCCCAGCGAGGAGUUCUGACUUCGCCCGUCUGGCGCGUCGCCUGACUGGUACGUCUAUCGGGCUGGUUCUGGGCGGUGGAGGUGCCAGGGGAUUAUCACAUGUGGGUGUAAUCAAGACCCUAGAAGAGAAUGGGAUUCCUGUGGAUAUGGUGGCCGGGACCAGUAUGGGGGCCUUUGUCGGAGCUGCGUUCGCAGAGUAUGGGGACGUCACCAAGAUGACGCAGAAGGUCCGCGAGUGGUCAUGGGACAUGAACUCAAUGUUCACCAAGAUUCUCGACCUGACCUAUCCCUUCACUUCCAUGUUCUCGGGUAGUGGCUUUAAUGCCAGCAUCCGCAGCUCAUUUGGAGAGCGUCAAAUCGAGGAUCUGUUACUCCCCUAUUUCUGUAUAACUACAGAUAUCACCUCGUCGCGCAUGCGUGUGCACACAGACGGAUCCCUGUGGCGGUAUGUCCGGGCCAGCAUGUCUCUGUCCGGUUAUCUUCCUCCGCUCUGUGAUCCUAAAGACGGCCACCUCCUGCUGGACGGAGGCUACGUCAAUAAUCUUCCAGCGGAUGUGAUGAAGAAGAUGGGUGCCCAGACGAUCAUUGCGAUCGACGUCGGCUCCGAGUAUCACGGCGAACUCAUGAACUAUGGGGACCAGCUGUCAGGGUGGUGGCUACUCUGGAACCGGUGGAAUCCCUUCGCUGAAACCGUCAGGAUCCCGGAUAUGGCUGAGAUUCAGUCGCGGUUGGCGUAUGUGUCGUGUGUGCAACAGUUGGAAGAAGUUCGAGAAAGUUCGAACUACGAGUACAUCAGACCGCCUAUUAACAGGUUUAAAACUCUAGACUUCGGCCUUUUCGACGAGAUCGUGGAGGUUGGUUACCAGCACGGCAAGACAGUCAUCGGGGAGUGGACUAAGAAAUCACGCUUACAAGAAAUACUGCAAGAGCAGCCGAGCAGAACGCAUAUCCACCCCACUGAAAAGCCUCAUAGUUCACACAAACACGGCAAAUCGUUUUCUGACCUUGCCGAGAAGAUCUCCCGCAUCGAGCCCCCUGUACGAAGUCUAUCGUAUGAGGACUGGCGUCCGUACGGCCGUGAUUCCGAAGUCAUCUACGGCUCGAGCGCGCCCGAGACACGGAACAUGUUCCGAGGGAUUUCCGAAGACGAGGACGACGACGAAGAGGUCCCGUUGAAUUAUCGACCGCGUACCGGCUCGCUGUCAGAGCAUGAGGACUUGCUGGAGCUGAAGGCCCAGGCACGCGCGGUAGCGGAAUUCGAGCGCAAGGCUGGGCUCGGUUCAUUCAGCGCUGACGAGGCGGGAUAUGAAUCUGACGAUAUUCACCUGCGCAAGAGGACAGGACCUCAAGUCAUCCGAGCUGAUUCAACGCCGUAAGCCCGAGCUGAUUCACUGAUUCAAUGUUGCCCAGCCACCACAAGAACGUUGAGAGAGAUGCUUUUGUAUAACAGGGAAUGCAAAUACGAUGACAUUGCCUGGGAACAUUUGGGGGGGGGGGGGGGGGUUCGAUACCCAGAUCUAAGUAAUAGCCAUCGCUUGGUUUGAUAUUCAAACGUAAUGAUUUUCAGGUAGAGUAGCUAUCACUUAGGGGACUAGCGUGAAAUCCCACUCUCUUUGUUCACUCUAUGCAGUACCUAGUAAUGGCUUAGUGAAUGUUCUUAGUAGAGCUGUCUAGUCCCUGGCAUGCUGAUUGGGUUUCCUGUGGUGGGAUAGUGUGACGUCACAGGUUGAAUAAAACAGAGAGAACGGGAUGAGCCUUGGUUGUAAGGCUGACAUUAUUAGGUAUUGCCCUUUCGCGUCUCCUUUUGUGUGGUAACAAUUUGGUUUCUAAAAGAGUGCAUUUUUUUUUGCUUGGAAGAGUAUAUUAUUUUUAAAGAAAUUUGUGAAAAUGUAAUAUAAUUAAAUGAUUGGGUUUAUGCAAA